CAGACGAAAACCAAACAGCAUUGCGCCACACCCGACUUCACGUCCUCAACCCCUGACGCCAUGCCCAAGCCCUUCAGCAAGAUCCGGUCCGCCGCCAUCGACGGCAGGGCCCUGAACCCCAUCUUCCGCAAGCUCCAGCUCAAACAACUCCACGACACCCUCUCGGCAAACGCAUCCGAAGUCCAAGAUGCCAUCGCCGGCGACACAGGCCACACCCGGGCCGAGGUACACGUCGAAUACUGCCUAGCCAUGCGGCAGCUCGCGAAUGCCUAUUCCGCGCUCGAUUUGGAUCAAGCCCUGCACGACGAGUACGCCGUCUCUCGGGGUCAGAGCGCCGCUCAACGGAGAGAGGCUGUCGGCAUCGUGGUCAUCCACCCCGCCAAGCACGCCUUCUUCUCCUGCCUCCUCUCGGCCCUCAUCCCGGCCCUCACGGCAGGGAACUGCGUCGUCGUCCAGGCCGACCAAUCGCUCCUGAAAACCCCCCGGUUGGUACUGGAUCUGGUGUCCCAGGCGCUGGACGACGAUGUCUUUGAGGUCACGCAUCACCCGGUCGAGGACGCCGACCUCGGCCAUGCCCAUGUCCGGGUGCUGCAAAAUGGAAGCCUCAGUGGAAACACAACCCCUCCUCUCUCGCACCACCUUGUCUCGGAUUCGGACGCCCGCGUCGUGGCGGUAAUCGAGCGCGAUGCUGACUUGGAGCUUGCGGCAGAGGAGCUGGUCAGAGCGCGGUUUGCACUGCGGGGGAGGUCGCCGUAUGCGCCGGACUUGGUGCUGGUCAAUGAGUGGGUCAGGAAGCCGUUUCUGGAGGCCGUGGUUCGGCAUGUGGUGAGGUUUGGUUCGGACGAGGGCAAGAAAUCUCCCGCCCCGAGGACUGCCUCCGGGCAACAGAGCCUCUCUGAGUUGGUGAGGUCGGAGCAGGGCGUGAAUGUGCUGUCGUGGAGCUCUGCUGGGGCGGUUGUGGAUGUUGAGGACAGACAAUCUUCGCUUCUGAGACGCAAGGUGAAAGAAGGCUGCCUCCUCGUCCAUCCUGUAACAAGCAUAGAUGACGCCAUUGACUUCUCAAGGAGCAACUCACGGCUCGGAGCAGCAUAUAUAUUCACCAAGUCCUCGACAGCGAAGUAUAUCUGCCAGUUCCUAGACAGCCCCAUGUCCUUCGUCAACCAUGUUCCAACAACUCUCCUAUUCCUGCCAAUGGCCCCCUCGAACACCUCAGUCGACCCAGAGACAUACCUACCGUACAACGAGGCGCUGUUCUCCAAGCCCAGAGCCCAGUUCGUUGCUGCGUCCGCACCGGACAGUCUGUUGGCAACGAUCCUUCGUCAAAGCUCACCGCAGCAACUCGGCCUACUAGCGCGGGAGGCAUUGGCCAAGCUCCCCGCAGUGAAGCGGCGCCACCAGGGCAUUACCCAUAUAGGGUUCUUCAACCAGGGCGUGGUGACGGGAGGUGUUCUCUUGUUGUCCACUGUACUAGGUGUCACGGGAGUAUGUUCAUAUUAUGGGUACGGAUUGGUUCGAAGUCGUUUUCUUGGGGGACUGUAA